AUGUCUGCACGUGGCUCUUUGUUCUUUCUUGCUGCGAACGCCAUCGGCGCUCUUGGUAGCCCUGUCGCCGUACGUGAUGUCGCACCUGCUGCCGCUACCGUCUCCACGGAUUCGUCGGCUGGAGUUCCGCUGUUCCCAAAGGAGGCAGUGCAAUUGACCGACGCGGCAUUGAAGACAGCUGAUAGCCAGACCACUGAGGUCGACGUUGCUGCUGUCUUCGGCUUCGACGGUGAUGAGGAUACCACGGCCGUGGCAAAGCGUGCCAUCAAAAGCGGUCAAUGCAAAGCUUUUCCAGGCGACUCGAAGUACCCCAAGGAGUGGAUGUGGUCCAUCUUCGACCUGUUACUUGGAGGAGCACUCAUCAAGACGACACCCAUCGCUGCGCCAUGCUAUGCGAAUUCGGCCUGGAGUGACUAUGAUGAGGCAAAGUGCGCAGACAUCUCAGCCAGAUUCACCACAUCCGAUCUUCAUACGAGUGACCCAACUUCGAUGAUGUGGCCGCUCUUCCAGGGCCGUACAUGCAUGCCUACCGAUGAUCCUAGCGGCACCUGUACGCUAGGCGGCUACGCAUCCUACUCAAUCGACGUCAAGAAUGUUGCCCAGGUGCAGCUUGGUGUCAACUUUGCUCGCAACAUGAACCUCAGGCUGACCGUCAAGAACACUGGCCACGAUUAUAUCGGGAAGUCUUCUGGCGCAGGUGCGCUCAACCUAUGGACGCACAAUCUCAAGGACAUCCAGUUCAUCAAGCAGUACAAGUCGGCUGGAUACACUGGCCCAGCUUUCAAAGCUGGUGCUGGUGUCCAAGGGUUUGAGAUUCUGGAAGCUGCUCGCGAACACGAUGUGACUGUCAUGACCGGGAUCUGUGAAACUGUUGGAUGGAGUGGUGGCUAUAUCACCGGAGGUGGUCACUCACCUCUCGCAUCCAUCUACGGCAUGGCCGCUGACCAAGUUCUCGCCUUUGAGGUCGUCACCGCCGACGGGCGUUUCGUUACUGCCUCUGACUCUAAGAACUCCGAUCUCUUCUGGGCCCUUCGCGGAGGAGGCGGUGGAACUUUUGGUGUUGUGACUUCAGUUAUCGCCAAAGCCCAUCCAAGAAUCCACGUUACCAAGUCUGUCUUCUCUUUCCAGGCCCCAGUCAACGACUCUGCCAACUUCUGGAAGGGCAUCAACGCUUACAUGAAGCGAUUCCCUGAGUUCACCAACGCUGGUACCUAUUCGUAUUUCUGGAUCUGGAACUACGGUACGACGCUCGACUUCCAGAUGACUCCCUUCUUUGCGCCAAAUCACACUAUUGAGUCCUUCAACGCGCUUACGAAGGACUUCUUCGCCGACCUCAAGUCUUUCAACAUCUCGGUAACCCCUAAUACGACCUACCACGACGACUUCUACUCUGCCAACAAAGGCUCAUGGGGCGCGGAUACACUUGGCGUGACCACCAUCCGUCAAGCUACCCGUCUCUUCCCCAAGAGCCUUUGGGCAACCGAAGAGAAAUUCAACUCUUUCUACACCACUAUCCAGGACACAGUGAUGAAUGGUCAUACGGUCGGUGGUUACCACAUGGCUCCAGGUAACCCUUUCCAGGUUGACAACGCUGUCAAUGAGGCCUGGCGCAACACCCAGUCUUUCUUGAUCACCGCUAAUAUGGUUCCUGAGAACGCGACGCCGGCUCAAUUGAAGGAAGCAUCCGACUACCUUACGUACGACAUCAUGGACUCGUGGCGUGCAGUCGCUCCGGCGUCUGAGGGUGGCGGUGUCUAUCUCAACGAGGCAGAUAUCCAGGAGCCAAACUGGCAAACCGACUUCUAUGGCGCAAAGCACUACCCGAAGCUGCUCGCUAUCAAGAAGAGGUGGGAUCCUAAGGGCGUCUUUUAUGCCACCACUGCUGUUGGUAGUGAGGACUGGGAAGUCAGGGAUGGCGAGCAAGGUACUCAAACCCAAAACGGUCGCUUGUGCCGUGUAUAA